GUGAAAGAGAGAGAGAGAGUGUGUGAGAGAGAGAGAAAGAUGGAAGCAAAGCAACUGGAUUAUAAUUAUUAAUAAGAUAAGUCAUAUAGAUUUAACGAAUGGUAUUCUACAGGCUAUACUUUGCAUAGAAUUAGUGGAGGUUUUCCAAUAUUUGCAUAUUACUUAGUUUACCGCUAUGUUUUUAAUGUGCUUCACUAUCUAUAUAUGGUACGGAGAACGAUGUUCAUUGCGAUGCGAGAAGAUAGUGGGAGGUUUUGUGAUAUUAUAGAGAAACGAAAGAUGCGAAAACGAGGUCCGAUCAAUUUGAACAUCGUCUCUCCACUGAGCGUGUGCACAAUGCAGACGUAGCUUUCGGCGGUCCGAGUAUAAUAAUUAAUGGCGAUCGCGAUAAGAAAAGAUAACGAUAUAAUCUUUCAGUGGUGUAUGUUUUUCCUUUAGUAUGGUAGCUCAUAAACUCAUAAGCAUCAUAUUACUAAAUAACGAGUAAGGUUAGUCGUUAAGGAUUCCUCAUUAAGUACACAUCUCGUAUAGCCACAAGUGUAUACUCGUGUGUAUUGAAUUUUGAAUUGCCUAAGUGCGUCGACCUCACCGGAUGAGACAUUUAUACUAAAUGAAAAAGGAUCACAUCGCACGGACCUAGGGUAGCGUUCAGACUAUGCGAGCGACAAUACAGAGGGAAAUGUGAACGCAGUGUUUCUCGAUCGCGUUUCACUACGUAUCGUCUCACAGAAUGCGUUCUUUCACACGGGAUCGCCGGUGUUCCGAACGGAAACCAUGGAUCAUUUUUUGGGGAAAUAAGGAACGAGUGAGCGUGAACGAACCGAGAAUUCGUUGCAACACUGAUCAACGGUUGUAGUGAUUCUGCAGCAAUUCGUCACGGUAGUCUCCCGUUACGCGAGAUUUCAUGAAAUCAAUGAAAAUUCAUUUGUUACACAGAUUAACCUAAUCAGAUUAAUGUUACGAAGUUGUCGCUGAUAGAAAAUCCAUCGUAUAUUCGAUCGAUAAAAUAGCUAAAGUUUUUGGAAAGCGUUUCAAAGGACAUUGACUGAACUGAAUAUCCAAGACGGAAUGUAAUGGACGAUUUGUAAUCCGGAUAUAUUAGGGGUCCGCGGAACGGGAGAACACUAUGCCGCUGCUGCACAACUGGUAACAACGGAUGCAUAUGCGAUUUCGUCCGACAACGAUGUUUUCGUUACCAGAGAAGAAUCUUUAAUACAUUCUCGCGGACCUUAUUUGCCUGCAUUUAAAAAUCCAUGUUCGAUCGACUAGCGACUGCAGAUAUUUUCACUGCCGCCAUUUCGUUUAGGAAUCUUUCGUCAGAGACCGCUCUCAACUUUCAACAUACUCUAUUACAAAAUUGCUUUUUUAAACGUGCCGAAAAGUACCACCACCGUUCGAAAUUCAUGAAAAAUUCAUCGGUUUACUACAAAAUAAGGAUUGUUCUUGUUCUGACUUAAUACGCGUUAAUUAGGCACUGAACGUUCCAGGGAUUGAUUGAUCUAUAGAUUCGAAGGAUCUGAUGUUCAGUGAUCUCUGAUGAACGCGACUGUUACAUUCAGCUGACUGUUACAACAAACGCGCGCCAGCGAGCGAUAAACAAUCGUAGGAUGCAAAUAUGUCUCGCGUAUGAAAUGGUGUAUGCAUACUGCGUGAAUCGCUGGCCAUACAACGAUGCAAUCACGAGGAAACUGGGAUUGACGCGUGGCCUAUGAUACCUUGCUCGGCAUUUGACUUAUGCUGAUAGUACAAAAAAGAUUCUUUUCCCGUAAUGUAGAUCGAAUCGUCGUUCAAGGUAUUACGGGAACGCGAACGAACGCCGAAUGGUGGUCUGCACGACGGGCAAUGCGUGUGGAACUUAACGCGCUUUAUGAUCCAACAAUGUUUAAUUCCGAGUUUUAAUCCAGUGUUCCGGGCUCGAGAAAAUGUUAACAUUGCUCAUCAACAGUUACCCGACGGUGCCUAAAAAAUCUGUGUUUCUUCAAUCUCCCCGAACGUCGCAGGAUCGGUUUUAUUCAUCGAUCAACAAAUUAUAGAUUCUUUCGAGAUUAUUAUUUCGAAGAAACUUGCUCAAAUAUAGCAGGCUCGUUUAAUUGAAGCAUAAACGAGUUCCUAGCGUCUUGCCCACCGACAGCGCAGAUCGUUUACGCAGGGGAUGAUAGAUCGUUGCGACUUCGAAAUUAGUAUGUCGAGGGAGAGAAAUAGAGGGAGAGUGAAAGAGAGAGAGAGAACGAUUCUAACUUGCCGAGUCGCGGCAUGAUUUUUCCGGUUCGGAGCAUAUAUUAUAUAUACUUUUGGAAAAUAGGCAUUACUUACAUGCAAAGUAUAGAAUGUGUAUGUGUGUAGCGGGAGAACGUCGGUAGACAACGCGAAAAAGCCAGUUGUUUCUUUAAAGAUAAGGAGAGAGAGAGAGCGAGAGAGAGAGAGAGAGAAAGAGCGCGCGCGCGAAAGAGAGCAAAACAAAGGUAAUAAUAAAACUGUAAAAGAAAGCGAGAGAAGUAGAGAUAGGGGAGAACGAUUCGGGGCGAAAACCGAUACGCGUUCGGUUCGAAUCUGAUUACGUGGACGAUGAACAAAAAUAAUGUUCCCUCGCUGUUACGGGACUAAUAAUCGAUUUGUUUCGUGCGACCAAUUUAUUUAUUUCGUUAGGGAUCUCUCCCGGCCGUAUGGGAUCGCGAAAUGACGUGCGACGCGACACCUUUCGACCCUUUCCGCCCAUACCGCCACCCUGUUUUAACGAUUUCUCGACUUGUCUGUCAUUUUCUUUUCCUCGUUCAUUCCUGACUGUAGAGUGCUGAUUCGCACGAUAAUCCGCGACAAUCGUCGAUCCAUUCGCGGGUAUCUUCCGAGAGAAAGGAAGCGGGAAACUGAAAGAAGAGAAAGAAAACUUCGGAAGAGAGAGAAGUCCUCGGAGCCGUGGGUCCCUGAUAGGGACCCAGUUCGUCGAUCGAAUAGAUUGACUCGGGCGCGCUCGGUUCGCUCGUAAAAAUCGAUCGAUCCAAUCGAUUUCUACGGGAAGACAGGGGAAGAGGGAUGAACGCGAACGAGAGGACGAACAACGGCGACAUUUCGAGGCAUAGUACACAUUAAAGUAAAUAUGUAUCGGAGAGAAAGGGGAAUAAAGUUUUUCGACUGCGGGGAUGACCUUGGCUCAUUUGACCCUAGAAAUACUAGGCGGGACUGGCUCCUGUCCAAUAGUUGUAAAAUAGAAGCGUGCUAUCUUGCCUAGAACGUCUAUUAUUUAAAUCUUCGAAUGAUAUCUUGUGAUCGUGAUCCUAGUCUUUUUAGGGUUGAGACAUUUCUCUCUGCCCGUCGUCGAGGAUAAAAGAUGCGAAUGUAAUAUUACACUCUGCGGGGGAACGUCUGUUUCGGUCGAGUUCAUUGUUCGAUGCGCUAUGCGAGAUCCUGCUGGCGAUCGAAGAAUGAACGGGCAAAUUACAGUUUUUGUUUCUGACCUCGCAGCCUUGUUUAUUUACCGGUUGUCGAAUUGUGCUUGAAACGGAAGGGUCUCCUUUGGUCUUUCUGGUACGAUCGAGUUUUUAGAUGAGCGAGGGCGAGGUAGAGAGAGAGAGAAGAGCCUUAGUUGAGGGAGAAAGAGGAAGAGAGUGAGAAAAGUUGGACGUUUAUUCGCGACUUAAGAUAGAGAAGAGAAAACGGAGAAAGCUGUUAAAAAAAAAGAAGAAGAAGAAAGCUAGAAAAAGAGAAUCUUAAUAUCGUAGACGAUACUUGUCAAUUUCCCAGUUACCCUUCUCGAUUAACCCUCCGAAGUAUAUAACUAAUUAGAAUCGUCUUAUCGAUGCUCGAUAACACCAAACGAAACCCGACGAUUUUUCAAGGAAGUGUAGAUAACUCGUUCGUUCCUUAUCGUAAGCGAAGAAAGAGACGAAGAAGAUGAAGAAAAAAUAAAGCUAAGAGGAUACAGUUUUAUAAGAUGUAUAAAUAUAAAACGGUCCGGUAUAACGCCUGGACCCCUGUAAUUUGUAAUUUUUAUAUGUGGAGGGGGAUGCAUUAUUAUUGUCACCGGAAGUAUUUUUUUUUUCUUUUCCUUUCCUUUUUUUAUUUUCGUUUCUCAUUUCUCGUAGAGAUUUUCGUAUGCGUCCUUUUAGCCUCCCCAUUUCGGUACCCCCGCGCCACCCUAUUCUCCCUUGGACCCUCCUCCCGCACUUCGAUUUUUCUUUUUGUUCGUACGUAAGUUAGAGUCAUCGAUCUUGCGUUUGUAAAGUGAUAUAUUUAGUCGGUUCUUGUAGAGAAAUCGACGCGGUGUACUGGCACACGACACGGACAUGGCAUACAGAUAACGACUUAAAAAAAAAGAAAAAAGAAGCAGUAUAGCGCGACCCGUCCCUGUAAAACGGAGGGCGCAAAAUAUCUAUAAUCGAGGUUGUUUUAUGUAUGAUUGUGCGUGUAACAUUGUUAAUAAACUAACGAUGCUUAUGAAAGCUCCUUCGACGCAUUCGUACCUCGACCUGUCCGCUUCUUCUGCUCCCUUUGCUUCGCACGGCAAAUCCCCUUCUCCAACUUGUUUCUGAUACUGAACUUCUGUCGUCUCGUUGGCGAGCUCUCUCCGUGCUUUUCAAACUCGAUUAAUAAUUUAUAUCCUAGAAUCAUUCGAGAAAGAAUCGGAAGUUGGGUUAGCGAGCCCGAAUGAAUUAAUUCGCGGAUGUGCAGUAAUCGAUCCUGAUCUGCACUGAAACCAACUUUUCGUCCAACACGUGAUCGUGAUAUAUUUUUAGGAUCAGGUAGAGGCACGAAAUUGGACAAAAUCUGUUAACCCUGAACCUAUUUUAUCGGUUAAAAUAACCGAUUCCAGAGUUUUCGUUUCAAGACUCCGGGCAUUAUAAAGAUUCUUACACAGAAAAUGGUUGAAUACAUUUCUCGAUUCGAACAUACGUUCUAAGAAAACUGGCUAGAAGACUAAAUAAAUUCAGUUUCGCCAUUCUUCAUUCAAUGGAAUUGACAUUGGUCGCUUUUAGUGCUCCGCAGACUCGGCUGCGAACGAAACUGAUAAUCGAAGAUGAUCUCGAAAAAGACAUCAAAGUGUUAUCUAACGAACCGGGGCGGGUCGUAAAACGGCCGGUCAAUGAUUAACCAUUCUCGUGCCGAGUCUCAGUUUCGACUGGUCUUAAUCUACGUUUCCUGAUAAGAGAGGUGUAACACGCGUACCAGCUUCGAAUCGCGCAACACCCGAAAUAUCAGCGGCCAACGAAUCGCCCGAGAACGCCCGUAAAAGUCCGUGUUUAUGUGUUUCCGCGCGUGUGUUACUCUUAUCGCGGCCGUGUACCUACAAAACGAUCCAAUUUUCAUGCCGUAUAAAUUCAAUCGGCGCUACGCGUCGAUAAACCGCCGCGCAAGCAAUAGGCCUCGAGUAUCUAUUCGCUAAUGAAUCCUCGCCCCUCCCCCCCAGUCCCGAAAAUCUAAUUGCGGCUCGUCGACGCGGAACGUUGUUACAUCGAUUCAUUACACCCGGAGAAAAUGAUCGUCGUUGUUCACGUGUGUAUUAGCGGCACGCCUUACGUGUUCCCAUAACAACAACCUCGGCCCGGACUUGACAGUAACGACAGUGACUCGACAAUAAAUUUAUGCAGUUAAAUUGCUACCCUCGGCUACGUGCACUCGGAUGAAAAACGCCGCUUAAAGGGGUUCUACUGCCAGAUCGCAUGAUAGCGCUCUUUAAGCGCGGUUUAACAACGAUUACGCGAGAAACGGAGACGCUGGAAACGCGACUGAACACGGAGAAAUAAGAAAUGCUCGAAAUUUCAACCGGUUGAAAUUAUCCUCAACCUUUUGCAGAUUAAAUUCACGCUUUCGGCAGAUCAAAUCGAAUCAUAUUUUUGCGGUUUAAAUUUACACUUUCGCGGUUCAAACUCACCUUUUCUCAACGUAUUUAACGCUAAACUUACGUAGCUAGUCGAUACAACGGAAAUAGAAAUGGCACAGAGUCUAGGUUUGGUGUUUCCAGAGUUAAAUAAUCAUUCUGUUACAACUAUUAUCCGCACGGAUAAAGAGCUUUUUUUUGAGUAUUUUGAGUAUUUUGAGUUCACCGUCGAACUUGAUGUUGAAUUUCAUAAUUUUUGGUGGAGAAACAUAUUAGAGAAGAACUUGGUGUCCACAAGGGCGAAUUUGAUUUCUAAAAAGAUAAAUUUCAUUUAGGAAUGAUUAGAUUUGAUUCGCAAAAGCUGAGUAUAAUUUGCAAACGAAUGAAUUUAGGAUGCAAAAGUAUGAAUUAAAUUUGCAAAAGGAUGAAUAUAAUUUGCUGAAGGACGAAUCGGGAGUGCAAUUCGAGGCGAUCUGAGAAAAUUCUUCGAGCGCAAACUGCUAAUAAUGAAUACAUCGAAAACCGUGAUUUAGGCUGCUGAGGGAAUUCGGAGAAAUCUCGACGGAAACAAAGGCGAAACUGUGCUGUUUCGUGGACUUACCGGAUCGUGAUCCGUCGAUCGGGGAGAAAGGGCACUAGGGGGUUUUUCGGAAAAUUAGCCAGCUGUAAUUUUCCGGAAAAAAUGCGAGGGGGUGGAACGGACAGUGUCGCCGUCGUGCCGGCAAUAGUUGCGCGCGCACUGCGAGUCACGUUUCUAUCAGUAGAAACGCUCAGUUGCCGCCGCGCGUCCGCGUGAUCCGCACUUUUUGAAGUUCUCCUACGGGAAAAAAGGGGUUCGUCGAUCCCGAAGUGUGUCUCGCCUCGAUUCGAUCGCGGGAAAUUAACAGGUUCCCUCUAAUUAAACGCGGGAAGUCGUGCUCGAACGAACGCUGCUCGUCGGUGCCCGUGAGAAGUUCGUUUUAACCAUAAAAGAAAUACUUGCCGCGCAUUCGCGAGGUGACGGUGACUACGAAAUUCACGCUUGUGCCAUUUCGUUGCAAUUGUAUAAUUGGGGAGAGAGCGUUGUUUGUACAGUGGAUCCACUAGUAAACUGUCCGGCGGACUUCGGUACAAAAAUCCCUCGGAUCCCGAAAUCCGGGUGAAUUGAACUCGGAAGGAGACAAGCGGAAGAACAUUCCUCAAAGAGGGCUGCGACUAUAAUAUUUAGUCGAUCGGUGGCAACUGAAAGUUCUGAAAGAAACGACCCGCGAUGCCGGUUACCUCGCGAAUGCAGGCUGCGUGCUGGCCGAAGCGGAAUUGAACCGCCGUCGAUCGGAAAGUAAAUCGAUUUCGUUCGGUUAAUUGGGUCGCGAGACGAAACGUGUAAGUUAUCUGUGGAUUUCGGCGCAUCUGCACCGCGCGACACGCAUCUCGCCGUGCCUGUGAUCGUGACAGGAAAACAUUAGCCCCGCAGUAUUUUCAAGAAUGGUUAAUAUGGACAUGCAAAUCGAGUUCUUCGCGCGCGCCUUAGGUUCGCGGAACGUUUAACUGACGUGACCAUAAGCCGUGGGAUUAUUAACGUGACGAUGCCGUCGAAUACGUCGGUAGGUAGCCCUCUUUUCGACGAGGACCUUCGUCGAAUCCUGCUAGAGAGGGAGCAGGAGUGCCUGGAGUUGAUGGAGCAGACGAAGAACUCUACACCUCCGCCAGAGCCCUAUUGUAGGAUAACGUUCGACACGUGGACGUGUUGGCCUAACACCCCGGCUGGAACAACAGCGUAUGCGCCAUGCCCAAAUUUUCUCACCGGUUUCGACGCCUCAUUAACGGCGCACAAGUAUUGCGACUCGAAUGGAACAUGGUUCCGACACCCGGUCUCCGGACAAAUCUGGAGCAACUACACGACGUGCAUCAACAUGAAGGACCUCAGUUGGCAGCAGGGGAUUAAUAGAAUUUACGAAGCCGGGUACGCUAUAUCGCUCAUAGCUUUGCUGCUCUCGCUGGGUAUUCUCACGUAUUUCAGAUCUCUGAGGUGCGCGAGGAUCACUCUCCAUAUGAACCUGUUCACCUCGUUCGCCCUGAACAACACCCUAUGGCUCGUGUGGUACGGCUGCAUCGUCGCGAACACGGAUCUACUGUUAAACAAUGGGAUAACCUGCCGGCUCUUGCACACCGUCCUGCACUACUUUCUGGUCACCAAUUACGCCUGGAUGUUGUGCGAGGGUUUCUACCUUCACACGUUGCUCGUCAGCGCGUUCACCAGCGAGCAUAAGCUGGUGAAGUGGCUGAUGGGGCUGGGAUGGUCGGUGCCCGCGGUCAUCAUCACAAUUUACGCUUGUCUGAGGUUCUUCAGCAACGAUCCUGCGGACACCGAGCAGUGCUGGAUCGACGAGGGCAACUACAUGAUUGUGCUGGUCUACCCAGUCUGCGUGUCCACCGGUCUGAACUUCCUGUUCCUCUUCAACAUAGUGCGGGUCCUUCUGAUGAAGCUCAGAGCGGGGCCAACAAUCGGCACGCAGCCAUCGAGGUCCAUGAGGCAGGCAGCCAAGGCGACGAUGCUACUGGUGCCGCUUUUGGGUUUGCACUAUUUGGCCAUCCCCUUCAGACCGCCAAAGGGUCAUCCGUGGGAGCCGAUUUAUGAGGUUCUCUCUGCAGUCACGGCCUCGUUCCAGGGCCUCUGCGUUGCCGUGUUGUUCUGUUUCCUGAACGGUGAUAGCGCAGUUCAAGAGGAAAUGGGAGUGCACCGCUCUUCUGCGAAAUCGGGCCAACUCUUGCACGGCCACGACCGUCUCGCGGCGGUUUCACCCGAAGAGACAGCACAGUCGGCGUGCCAGCAAAGUUUAUCCGAUCGAACGCAGGUCCGAUGCCGGGAGAGGACCAAGUGUGACUAUCAGUUGCCCGCGCCACAACACCUGGAGACGAAGCCCGCAGGCAACCACGAAACCAUGCAACUGGUCGCCACCAAUAAUGUCAAUCACCCUGCCGACCGUUGGAACGUAGCACGGGGGGACGACGAUUGGACGUCGUCGGUGUAAAUAAGCCCAGGGAAAAACGACAGAAAAACGAACGAUGAGACGGGUCUUUUUUUUAAAUAAAGGAUCCUGAAGGGACGUUGUUAAAGAUUAAGAUGAUCAAUGGAGGCGUUGCUCCAAUUUGUGAUUUUCUAUAACGGGGGAUGAUCGAUUAUCUUGUCGGGAUAGGAUAGGCGGGUGGCUUUGUAGAAAGGACGAGGAGCGUUUCGAAGACCGUGGAGAAUUUUGUUAAGUGAAAAGUAGAAGAAUUGCAAGGUGGAAAGUUCGUUGUUUUCGCUUUGGGAUAAUUGCGAUUUAAGGGUGGUAGAAGCGUUUAGGAAUAUUAACCCUUAAGUGGUCUAUGGUAGCCAUUAUGGUCCUGUGUACAUUCUUGCGUUGAUAAGUAUUUGAUGUAUUCAAAAUUUGACCAAUCAUUUGCGGUAUUCGAAUAAAGUUUGAUCUCUAGAAAAAUUGAUUUCCCAUGGAGCUGAUUUUGGGAGCCCACUUAAGGGUUGAAUAUUUAUAAAAAUUAUAUAGAAUGGGGCCAGAUAGAUUGUACAAUCGAACAGGGAUAAUUCGACAUGGAAAAAUAAGUCGAGAGGAAAGAAUAGCAUUUUUUUGUUCCAAGCGUUGCUUUCGAGAAAAUUGAGUUUGAUAAUAAUUCAAGGAGUACGCGUGGUAUAGAAUAAGGAUUAGCUGGCGUGUCUGAUCAUGAAUGGCCUAGUCUACUUUUUGUGAAUACGUACAUACUCUGGGGGAAAUAUCUGACGAAUCUCCAAACUCAAUUAUCUUGAAAACAAGACGUCUAACAAAAAAAUAUUACUGCUUUUUAAACUCAAUUUUCAAAUAAUUGAUAUUUUUGGAUUGUGUUAAAAUGAAACGAUAGGUGAAAGCAGAAAGUAUUGUCACCGAACUAUGUGCAAUACAUUGUUGAAUAAUGUAUUUAGUAAUCGUUGGUCAAGUUUGAGACAAGAUAUAGAUUGUACAUAUGUUAAAAAGGAUAAGUUUCAAAUAAUUUAUCGCAAAGCAUUGUAUUAAAUCUAUUGCAAUGUUUAAAAAAUUUAUUUGCGAAAAACGAGGAGAAUUUAAUUAAUUGUUCUUUGCUUAGUUAACUUGAUAUUCUGAAAAUCAUAUUAAUUAUGCAUUUUUAGUAACGCAUUUAUAUAUUUGAUUCUUAUAUCGAUUAACAUUGUAUCCUGUAAAUUAAACUUUUCAUCAAACGCGCACAACUUCCUCGGAAUAAUUUGAUAACUAAUUGACUGUUAAUUGACUGCUAAUUUAUGUACAAGUGGCCAUUAUAUCAAUAAUGUAAAAAUCGAAUAAGAUACUGUGUUUCAAAAACGCAUGUUAGAGUAUAUAAAAUGGGAAUAAAAAUCCCUAUUGUGUGUAAAUUCAUUAUAAUUGAAUCGUUUUAUGUUACAAUAGUUCUUUUAUUCACUAACAUGUAUUUUUGAAAUGGCUUUCGCGCGUAUGCUUCUCAUAUCCCAUCGUUCAUUAGGAUUGUGUUCUUUUAAAAGUAUUACAUUUCACUGAUGUGGAAAGAAAAUCAAAAUUAUAAAAUAAGAAAUCAACGGCAUCUCAUAUCUGCUUUAUUAUUUUCCUGAAUACGUUUCCUUGUUUCUUGGCUCAAAUAAAAUUACAGCUGCAUUGCUUUAAAGGAACACAUCGUUUAUUCGACAGAAAAAGCAAAUAAUGCGAUUUGUCAUAUCAAUUGUGUCAUGUAAUUUUUAUACAAAAUAAUUAUGUAGAAAAGGUGACGGAAAUUUAUUUAAGUUUGUGAAUACAGCUAAAUAAACAAAGAACUGUACAUAUAUAUGUAUAAAGGCUUUUGAUUUGUAUCACUAAUAAAAUUCAUUUCAUCA